AUGCCGCGUCAGCCACCCCUCAGCACCGCUGAGCGACCUCUCAGCGAUUCCUUCCGCCAUCUCUCGUCCAUCACGAAGCUUCGGAAUGAAUGGGACUGGAUCAAGUGGUCCCGUGAGCUCAACGAUGCCUUUGACCUCAUCAACGGGAACUACUGGGAGAUUCUCAAUGGAGACAGAUGCCGCCCAGCCGAACCCGAGUACGCUGUGACCUCCGCUGAGGAGGUCCAACGCUUCAUUGCCCGGCGCGACAAGAUCGUGGCGAAAAAGGUCACGCAACAGGAGCUCACCACUGUCAUGCAGGACCAUGUUCAAGACAACGCACGACUUCGGCAGAGAUACGAAACCGCCCUGGAGCUGUGGAAGGAUCAGAACUGGAGAGCUCUGGUGCUGCUCCGCUCCACGAUUGCUCACGAGCCACAGUCUCGCAUCAACGGAAUGAAGAAUGUCCGUGAUGCCUACCUUAGCCUACUGGCCUGCUACGGCACAACCUGGCAGAACGCUGUCCUGAAAUGGUCCAAGUGGACCGCGAUUAGUUUCGAGUCCGACAUGGAUCCGAAGACCUUUGUGUUGCGCUUCGAAAACGCUCUCGAGGAGCUGCUACUGGUGGUCGACCCACCCAACGUUCCACCGAUUGUGCAGUUCAUGCAGUUUGUUGAUGCCAUGCGCUAUCAUGUGGGCGCACACAAGUUUCUCGCGACUGCUUCAGUCGAAAGGAAUGUGGGCAGUACAAUGCAGGACACAUACGACCACUUCUAUGCCUGUGGACCUUACAAGGACUAA